AUGACCUUAACAUCAAAGCAAGCUAUCGCAAAAUUUCAAAACAUCAAGAGACCUGACAAGAUUCGUCAGGAGGCCAUUAACCUCUGUAUAGGCAGAGAAUGCAACGGCCUUGCCAAGGUCAAUGGCUCCCUGACGAAGCUUGUCAAGCCUCUCGGUGUCUUAAAAUUUCGCGAUGGCUUACUUAAUAUUGUAGACUAA